CUCUCCUUCGUCCGUCUUCGCAACUCUCCACCAGCGAGCCCCAAUACGACCAGCCCUCCCGCCGGCGCCGCCGCGAGCCGCGGGCCAUGUACAAGCUUGGCGGCCGUGGCGGUGGGCGCGGCGGUGGUGGCGGCGCGUCAAAGCGCCCGCCGGCCCCCCACGGCCGCGGCCGGGGCGGCACCUCCAUCAGCGGGAUGGGCGCUCCUCCCCGCGGUCGAGCCGCCGCCGCCUCCGCUGCCGCCUCCGCUGCCGCCGCGCAGCCGGCGGGGCGUGACGAGGGGUUCCGCCUGGAGUCCAGCGGGCCGCCCGCCUUCGCUGCUAUAAUACGGCUGACCCCCGACCUCAUCGACGAGAUCCGGCGGGCGGAGGAGGCUGGUGGCGGCGCCCGCAUCAAGUUCAACCCUAACAUGUACAACUCGUCGGAGAACGUUAUAGAUGUUAAUGGUAAAGAAUUCAAAUUCACAUGGGCAUCUGAACGCGGCGAAUUGUGUGAUAUUUAUGAGGAACGCCAGAGUGGAGAGGAUGGAAAUGGGUUGCUUCUAGAGUGUGGCUCUGCUUGGCGCAAGGUGAAUGUGCAACGCAUUUUGGAUGAGUCAGCAAAGAACCUUGUGAAAAUGCGUUCUGAGGAGGCUGAACGUCUCUCGAAAUCUCGAAAAUCAAUCGUUCUGGACCCAGCUAAUCCAUCUGUCAAGAGUCAGGCCAAGUCAAUGGCUGCAGCAGCUGUCGAAGGCAGUAUGCGGAGGAUGCACUGGAAGCAGAAGAAUGAAUUUUUUAAAAAGAAUAAAGCUGCUGUUAUCGCCCCGACCAAAUCAGUUUCUAAAGUGAAGUUAUCUAGCAAUAUUCCCAAAGGAAAUUUCUCAACUUCUCCGGCACCUUCUCCUGAACAACCUGGAACUAGUAUUCCUUCAUUUCCUGUUGGAUCAGAUGCAAAUAAUGAAGUCAUAACACCUUUUGAUUUGAAUAAAGAGGAGAACAAUAAAACUGAGAAAGCAACACCAAGUAAGAUGUCUAAAGGAAUAAAUCGCCGAGCAAGUGCUCAUUCUGCAAGUGUUGAUGACAAUACAAAUGAAGUGCGGAGCCUCUUGAUAUCUGUACUCUCAGAAAAUCCAAAAGGAAUGAGCCUAAAGGCUUUGGAGAAAGCUGUUGCAGAUGUAUUUCCUAACGGAUCGAAGAAAAUAGAGAGCAGCAUCAAGAAUAUUGCAAAUUACCAAGCACCUGGGAGGUAUGUGCUCAAACCAGGAUUGGAGGUAGAAAACUCUAAAAGACAUGCAUCUGAAGAGGGAAGAUCCAUCAAUGAGAACGUUGAUGAAUUUCCUCCAAGCUUAAAGAUUGACGAUCCUGAUAUAUUUGAGAGUAUUGAUGUUGUGGGCUCCCCAGCUGCUACCGCAGGAGAUGGAAAGGUUAAUAAUGGCAGUGAAGAUAAGGCAGGAACUUCUAGUGAGAGUGCAAGCGAUAGCGACAGCGACAGUGACAGCAGUGACAGUGGAAGUGAUAGUGGGAGCCAAAGCAGAAGUGCUGCAGAAAGUGGCAGCGGGAGCAGCAGCGACAGUGAUAGUGAUGCUUCAUCGAGCAGCAAGGAAGGCUCUGAUGCAUUUGUGGAUAUUACAAGUGAUGACGACAAAGCAAAUACAGCACAAACAAAAGUUGCAGAUGAUCUUAAUUUGUCAUCAUCGCCGAGAGAUUUGACAAGACUCGAUCUCGAUGAUGAACAGAUCGACAUUGGAACACAUAUGGAUUAUAGGACUACAUCACCACAUAUUGAUUUGAACAAUUUUAAUGCUAAUAAUGAUGAUGCAGAAUCUGAUGGCUUGGCUGCAGGCAACCUGAAGAAGCCAUCUGAGAUUCCAGGGAGCAAGAACAUGCCAAGCAACAGAAUGGAGCCUAGCCGAGUUGAUAGCAGGUAUAAUGAAAUGUCUUAUCAAGAAGACCUUUUUGAUGACUCCUUGCGAACAACUAGUGAGAUACCCAACGAAGAAGCUGGUCAAAUCACAAAGCAGCAUCCUAACAGGAGAAAAUCAGCAUCAAAAGAUGGAUCAAACCAUGACCCGAUGAGUAUUGGGGACAAAAGUGCCAAACCCAAAUUGAGAAGGUCUUCCGGUAAUGAGAACUCCACAAUAGAGCUUGAAAGUGGCAAAAAGGUCAAGGUUGACGCAGCAUCUCCAGGCAUUACAGGUUCUUUCUCGGAGCACAAAAAAAACUUACUGCCUGAAAAACAUACGAAUGAUAAGUUGAACAAGGAGACAGGGAGUGUUAGCCGCAUUGCUUCACGAGAUAGCAGUCCUGCCAUGAAAGGAAGACCUUUGGCUUCUGGAAAUAUGCAAAAGAUAGAUCAGAGCCCAAAUGUACCUAUCCCAGCAAUGCACUCUGAGAGACCAAAAGAAAAUAUUGAGAAAUCAAGUCUGAAGAAAAAAGCAGAUAAGAUGCAGAAACAAUGGCAUGGUACCGAUGUUGACUUUGGGACACAUGGUGAAGGUCAACAUGCCAAUUUUGAUGGCUCGGAUGAUUCUUCCACAAGAAAAAGGAGUAGACAUGGGGAUUAUCUUAUUGAUGAUAAAAUGCUAAAGCGUUCAAAGGAUGCUAAUGUUAAUAUAAAUUCCAUGAAUGUAACCAAAACUUCCAGUGGAAAUAUUGGGCCUGAUGAGAUCACUGCUUUUCCUGAACCCAAUGGAAGUAACGGUGAGCUAUCAACUUCGCAAAGAGAUAAUUUUGAGAGGUCACCUCAUGGUAAGAAAAAGCUCCAGAGAGAGCUUUCAGAUCUUGAAUUGGGUGAACUUCGUGAGUCUUCUUUGGAAAAUGACAAUGGGAGGACAAGGAAGCAAUUCGAGAGAAAUAGUUCUUCCAAGUCACUCGAUGGUAAAUUAACUGACAUAAAUAAUUCCUACUCCAGUAUGAAUAACAGGAAGGCUCAUGUAACUGGGUUUCAUGAUAAGGGGAAACCAUCACCUCAAGAAUAUGGCAUUGGAGGUCAUACAAACCUGGAAGCCUUUCCCAGGAAGGCAGCAGGGUAUGAUUUUGAUGAUAAUAGGCCUCAGCAAAGAGGAAAUGUUCCAGAGAAUCAGCAUUUUCCAAGAACUGAUCAUUCAGAUUCUGAGAACAUAUCAUAUAGGUCAGGAGAAAAAGCAAGCAAAAAUGAGUCAAGGAUGGCACAAGGUGGAAUGCUAGAGUAUCCAGAUAUGAAGAAGAAAACGACCUCACGGCUUCCACAGAAUGGUAUUAAUAAUGCCAUAGUGCCUCGGACACAGAAAUCAAUUUCCCCAUCAGAUAAUGAGGAAAGAAGUAGGAACAACUCUUUGAUUGAGACUGAGACAGGUAGGAAGAGGGACAGUUCUUCAGAUGACGAUAACUUAUUUUUCUCCAAGUAUGAUAAAGAUGAGCCAGAACUGAAGGCUCCAAUAAAAGAUUUCUCACAAUACAAAGAUUACGUGCAGGAGUACAAAGAGAAGUAUGAGGCUUAUUCAUACUUGAACAGUCAGAUUGAGAAAACUAAGUCUGAAUUCUUAAAGGUUCAAGAGGAUCUCAAUGUUGCUAAAGAAAGAGACAAGGAACAAUAUUAUAAUAUUGUAGAAAGACUCAGAGACAUGUACUGUGAAUCAGGAGCAAAGCAUAAAUUGAUGAAGAAGGUCUUCGUAUUGCUUCAUGAGGAGCUGCAGACUAUAAAGCAAAGAAUUAGAGACUUUACAGAGGCCUAUUCAAAUGAGCCGGAGAUGGACGCGGCGGAGAAUCUUCGGCGGCCCUUCUGGGACGGCAGCGUCACCGAUCUCCUCGACGCUCGCAGCCUCCACGGCUCCCGCGAAAUUAGGAAAAGAGUACAAUUUCAUUCUUCUCUAGUGCAAAAGCUUGCUUUGGAAAAGGAGAUGGAGGGUCACACAGGUUGUGUGAAUGCUAUUGCAUGGAAUUCGAAUGGUUCGCUUCUCAUAUCAGGAUCAGAUGAUACUAAAAUUAACAUCUGGAGUUACAAUAAUCGGGAGCUCUUGCAUGGUAUUGACACUGGACAUUCUGCAAAUAUCUUUUGCACAAAAUUUGUCCCAGAAACAUGUGAUGAAGUAGUAGUCUCUGGAGCAGGAGAUGCAGAGGUUCGUGUUUUCAAUAUGUCUCGUUUAAGUGGCAGAAGGUCUAGAGAAAUUUCUAUGGAGCCAUCAGCAGUUUACCAGUGUCAUUCAAGAAGGGUCAAGAAAUUAGCUGUUGAAAUUGGCAAUCCAAAUGUAGUGUGGAGCGCAAGUGAGGAUGGUACUCUGAGACAGCAUGAUUUUCGGGAGUGUAGUUCCUGUCCUCGUGCAAGAUCUGCUAAUCAGGAAUGCCACAAUGUGCUUCUUGAUCUACGUUGUGGAGCAAAGAAGUCUUUAGCUGAUAUGCCCAAACUUCCAUUGUCACUGAAGUCUUGUGAUAUUAGCUCUGUUCGUCCCCAUGAAAUUGUUAUUGGUGGGAGCGAUGCAUUUGCCAGGCUGUAUGAUAGGAGAAUGCUACCAACAUUGAGUUCAUGUCAAACCAAAAGGGAGCCUCCACCAUGCAUUAAAAUGUUCUGCCCAUUGCAUCUUGCUAACAAUAAGAAAGCAUAUUUGCACCUUACACAUGUUGCAUUCAGCCCAAAUGGGAAGGAGGUGCUUUUAAGUUACAGUGGUGAACAUGUUUAUCUAUUUGAUGUUGACACAGAUAGUACGAGUUCAGUGAGAUACACUGCUGAUUAUGUACGAGAGCAAUUAUUUGUACCCCCUUUUCACAAAGUACCAGCAAAAGAACAUGCAAAACAAAGGAAGAUUUCAGUGAGCACAACUUCCAGAACAUUGAGGGUAGAUAUGUGCAGGAAAUUUAUGCAAGUUGCGACAAGAUCUAUGGAGAUGGGAAAGAACUUAAUGUAUGGGAUUGACGCAUGCAGUGAAGUACUUGAAUCAGUGGGACCUGAUAUUGACGACAACAUGAGGCAUGAUUGCUUGUGUACUCGAGCAGGAUUGUACCUAAAGAGGAAGUGGAAAAAUGAUGUUUACAUGGCAAUUCGGGAUUGCAACAGAGCGCGGAAUAUUGAUCGCACAUCCUAUCAAGCACACUUAUAUAUGUCAGAGGCACUAUUACAGUUAGGAAGACUGAGGGAGGCCUUUGAGUAUGCAGAAGCAGCAAAUAUACUUCUUCCGCCACAUUCUGAAUUGAGGAAGCAGGUGGAUGAUAUAAAGCAGCGUGUUGCUUCAGCUGAACUUGAGAAGAAUAGAACAGAACAGAAUGGGAAUGCUAAAGCUGAUACACAUGGGAAAUUACGCUCAUUGAGGGAUAUAUUUUCUAGAUCCGAUGUCAGUGGUUCUUCAUCACAGGAGGGACGAGAAGAUUCAGACUAUGAUGAUGAAAUGGAAUUAGACUAUGAGACAUCAGUAUCUGGUGAUGAAAGUCGAGAAAAUGAUCAAGGUGUCUUUCGGGGUAGUUUAAGUUUCAGAUUUCAUCAAAGAGAGGAUCAAACCAAUGAACAUACUGGUGAGAAUGGAUCGACGGAGUCCGCUCACAAUGAUGAUUCUGCCUUCCAGUCGGAUGUUGCCAUUGAUAUGAAACAAAGAUAUGUUGCACACUGCAAUGUGGGGACAGAUAUAAAACAGGCUAGCUUUCUUGGUGAGCAAGGGGAGUUUGUUGCCAGCGGAAGUGACGAUGGUAGAUGGUUCAUAUGGGAGAAGCGAACAGGAAGGCUUAUUAAAAUGCUUGCAGGGGAUAGUGCUGUUCUGAACUGCAUACAGCCUCAUCCCUUUGAUUGCGCUGUUGCAACAAGUGGAAUCGAUUAUACAAUAAAGCUGUGGACACCCGAUGCAAAUGCUACAUCUAUGGUUGCUGGACCAGAACUUGAUGUAUUGAGUGCCAUAGAGAAUAAUCAGCGGAAGUUAUGCCGGAACCGUCAAAUUUUGCUGCCUUUUGAAUUUUUGGAACGAUUUCGGAUGCAUGAGAUUGCUGAAGGUUUCGAAUGUGCCCAGAGUUGAUUUACUGUUUGCUAGAGUUGCUGAGCCUUCCAGAAAAUUUGAACAGUUGGGAAAAUGGUUACAUCCAAGGUACAAGCAGCCCAUAUUUCGACAUCAACGGAAUCGCAAGGCCUUGUUGCGAUCAUAGUGUAGACAUGGAUUGAUCCAUGUUAGUGGCACCUGGUUAGAUAAGCAGGUUGCAAGUGUUGCCAGUGCGGGAAUUAUUACUUGAGAUGUCAAUAAAUAAUGCAAUUAUGUUGUGGUUUGGGAGGGUAUAAUGAUUCAUACAUGUAAUGUGGUGGAUUCACCCCCUUGUACAGAUUGUAGAUAUAGAUGAAGUUGUGCAAUAUGUGCAUAGUUGUAUUCUUUUCUCAGCGUGCUGCCUGUAGGUGAUUUUAUUCUCUGGUUGACGAUGAUGGCCGAUGGGAAUGUGUUCCGUUCCCUCGACUCUCGCUGGGUGUGUCGAAGCUGUAAUGUUAUACAGUGCUGCAGCUAUAGCUUUCCCUUUUGCUGA